GGAUGAUAAAAAAAAAAAAAAAGAUUAAGCAGAUACGUAUUCCAGUAAAUUCCGCAAGAAAGCCAAGAUGAAUUUUUAUAAGUUAAAAAAAGAUCGAGAGUGAUAUGACAGCCAAAACAUCGUUUUCUCCUGACAAACAAGUUACAGAUCAGAGUGAAAAUUCGCCAUUGCACCUUGAUAAUGAAGAAGCUGAAAGUCAAGAGACCUUUACUCAACUUCAUGCUGCUGCAGUAAAUGGAGAUAAACAAUAUUUAGCCAGACUUCUAACAGCAUCAAGACAUGAGAUUGAUGCAGGUGAUCAGUUUGGAAGAAAUCCAUUGAUGUUUUGUAUAUUGGCUGAUAGAGUUGACUGUGCUGAACUCCUGUUAAAAAAUGGUAGUAAUAUUAAACAUAAAGAUAAUGGUGGUAGAACACCCUUACAUUGGGCAGCACACAAGGGGAACUAUCGUUUGAUGAAGCUAUUGUUAUCAAAGGGUGCAGGUUGGUUUGAAGAGGACAAUGAGGGUCAGACGGCAUUACACAUGUGCACACGUCAUAAACAACCUAAAUGUAUGUCUUUAAUAUUACGCAAUCUAUCUCCAGCUGAAGUUGAUGUACCAGAUUUCAACAAGAGAACAGCUCUACACUGGGCAGCAUCGUACGGUAAUUUUGAACAUGUAAAGAUGUUAAUUAAACAGGAUUCUAAUAUUGGUAUACCUGAUAUUGAAGGUAAAACUCCACUACACUAUGCUGCCAGUAGUAAAGAUAAACAAGCUCUAAAUUGUGUUAAACUUAUAUUGGAAACAACACCUAGUGUUAUUAAUUGGCAGGAUUUUGAAGGUAGAACAGCUUUACAUUUAGCAGUAGCAGACGGCAAUGAAAGUAUAGUUAAUGUUUUAACAUCUGUUCAAAAGUGUGAUGUGUCAGCUUUAGAUAAUAUGUUUAGAACCCCACUACAUUGGGCAGCUGUACUUGGCCAUUCUAAGAUUGUUAGAAUACUGUUAGAGAAAGGUGCUGAUUAUACGAAUUCAGAUUCAAAUGGUGCUACACCGCUACAUUAUGCAGCCCAAAAUAAUUUUGCAGAGACGGUUGAUGUUUUUUUGUCGUUUAUUAAUGUAAUGGAUGACAUGCAUGAUAAUGAGAGAAGAACAGCUUUUAUGUGGGCAGCUGGUAAAGGAGCAGACGAUGUUAUUAAAGUUUUCAAUAAAUAUGGCGUAGAUUUACAACAAGUAGAUAAAAACGGAGCAACAGCAUUACAUGCUGCAGCAUUAGCUGGACAUGAAUCAACAGUAAAACUAUUGUUGGUACUAGGUGCGGAGAUUAAUAUAGAAGAUCAUCUACAUCAUACACCAUUAUUUCGAGCUUGUGAAUUAGGUCAUACUGAGGUUGUACAGACAUUAUUAGAUAUGAACUGCAAGGUAGAUAGUGUGGAUCAGGAGGGCAGAUCAACAUUACAUUGGGCAGCAUUAGGAGGCCAUGCUUGUAUAUGUCAAAUUCUUAUUGAUCAUGAUGUUGAUCCAAAUGUUAGAGACUUUUCAGGACGAACACCACUGCAUUGUGCAGCAUAUGGAGGCUAUGUUAAUUGUAUGUCAGUACUUAUUGAAUAUGAUGGGCAUCCUAAUGCACAGGACAAUGAGGGUAUGACACCUUUACAUUGGGCUUGUAGUAAAGGUGAUUUAGAUGCUGUUAAAUUACUGUUAGAAAAUAACGCUUAUCCUAAUCAGAUGAAAUAUACAGAAGAUAGAUAUACAGCUUUAGAUUAUGCGUUAAUGGGUGAACAUCAUGAUGUAGCUCAGUAUAUGAUAGAACAAGAUGCUUUAUCUAUUACUGGUAUACAAGAUAUAGCUGCUCAAAAAAUACAGUCUGCAUUUCGUGGUUACAGAGUGAGGAAAACAUUUACAGAGAGAAAAAUUCUCCUGAUGAAACAUGAAAAAUUAAAAAAGGAAGCAGCCAGAAAAAGGGCUGUAACGGUAGAAGAUGUGAAAAAGAAGGAUGAAAUUCCAUCAAAACAUGAAGCUGACAACCAUUUAAGCAAAAGAUCAGCAGAUACAAGUGAAGAUUUAACAUGUGGUUCUACCUCGGAUGUGCAAGAUGACAGUAAAGCUGUUAAUAAAUCUGAUGAAGUUUCAAGUAAAAUAAUAAAUGAAAAUAAAGACGUUUCAAGUAAACUAGAAUAUGAAAGUGAAGAAAUUUCAAGUAAAAUAGAAAGUGAAAGUAAAGAAGUUUCAGGUAAAAUAGAAAAUGAAAGUAAAAAAGUUUCGAGUAAAAUAGAAAAUGAAAGUAAAGAAGUUUCAAGUAAAACUGAAAAUGAAAAUAAAGCAGUUUCAAGUAAAAUAAAAAAUGAAAGGAGAGUGGAUGAUAAACUUCUAAAAUAUAAAGCUGUUGAAAAAUCUGGUCGAGGUGUUAAUCCAUCCAACAACCAAUCCGAGCCUACUUUAUCAAAAACUGUCAAUAAAUCAAAAUUGCCAAGUAAAGUAAAAAGUGGAAGUAAAGUGGAUGAUAGACAUCUAAAGUACAAAGUAGUUGAAAGUAAAUCUAGUCGUGGUCUCAGUCCGUCCACAUGUCGAUCAGAAUCAAGUUCACCAAAAGUAGUCAGUAAAAUAAAAACUGAAAGUAGAGUUGAUGAUAAACUUUUGAAGUGCAAAACUGUUGAAAAAUCUAGUCGUGGUAAUAGUCCGUCCAAAAAUCCAUCGGAAUCAAGUUCGUCCAAAGCCAAAGCAACUGCCAAACCAACCACUAAGAAAACUAAAAAAGUUGUAGUACCUAAGGGAAAAUAGUUGAACAAGACCCUAUAUUGAUGCCAAGAUCUUACUAUCAAGGGUAUGAACUCUCAGGAAUUGUUUAUAGGCUUUUCAGCGCCUGUAGUUUGAGUAAUAACAUAACAAGUAGUUAGAUUACCCCUGAUAGAUCAAAUGGUGGAAACGGCUAGUAGAAAAACCUUGCUGAUUGGUACAUGGGUCUAUAUAUUCAAUCAAUAUAGGCCUAUAUAUUCAAUCAAAUUAGGCCUAUACAUGUAUAUUCAAUCAAACUAAACAUACCUGUAGGUGUAGUCAUCCAUGAUCAUAGAAUCUGACAUGUGCAAAUUCUCUUGCUAAACUAAACAACUGAAAUCCAUGAAGAUUCUUGCAAAAUAUUUUCAUGUUUUCACACAUAUACAUGCAACAAAAUUUAUGGAGAACUCAAGUUGUUGCAGAUUUUUAACAUUUUAUUCAUUGUCUAAUCUUACUGGUAAUACAACCGGUUAUGAGGGGAACAGUUUGGGUACUCUAUCAACUUGUUGAACUGGCAAUAAUACAGGUCUGUGUAUCCCAAAACUCUGGUAGAUUUUUUCCUUUGGUCAAUUAAUGAAGAGGUAACUUUAUUAAAUUACCCAGUAACAUCCAUAUCCGUCCUGCAUUAUGUGAUCUAUUGAAUUACUAGAAAAUGUCUAGCAACCAAAUUUUUGUCUCUUGAACAAAUUAUCUUGUUUAUAAAGUAGGUCUAUGGUUUUGUACAAAAUAAGUUCUAUCCUUUUAGUGAUAAAAAUGUCAGUUCAUUAAAAGAAAAACUUAAUACCUCAUUGUGGUUUAAAAUCUUUCUGUCAGUGUUAAUGAGCGAAACUGCUUGAUUUGUGUAUGGAAUUAUUGUUGUUCACCAAAUCAAAUUAAAUUUGGUUGUAAUGGAUUGUCAUAUCUACCUGUAAAUAUCUUUCUGUCAAUGUUAAUGCUUGAAACUACUUGAUUCUGAGGAAUUAUUGUUAAUCACCAAAUUAAUUUAAAUUAAAUUUGGCUUUAAUGGAUUGUCAUAUUUUUAAUACUUUUAUACAAUGAUGAGAUAUUUUGUUGGAUAUAUCAUACCAUAGGCCUACAGCUAAAUCUAAAGUGGAUUACUAUUUGAUACAAAAUGUAUUUUAGCAUUCUAGAAGAAGUCAUUCAAAAUCAAAAUUUAAAAUUUAUUUCAUUAAAAUUGUAUGUGAGAUACUUACAGUAUCAAGCCAUAAUUCACAAAUACAGGUAGUUUGGAAUCUCCAAACAAUCAUCCAGAAAUUUCGUGGAAAUUUUUCAAAAUAUCUAAUCUUUGUUGCAUUAUUUGAUCAAAUUAUCUAAUCUAGUCAUAUGAUCUAAUCUAGUCAAAUUAUCUAAUGUAGUCAUAUUAUCCUGCCAAGUCAUUUGUGACCAGCUCUGGCUAAAUGAGACAUGAGUCAAACACUCAAAAGUCCCUUAAAUUGAUAUGGGACAUAUGCAUUUGACCCAGAUAUUUAACAUUGAAUUUGGUCUAUGCCUUAAUAUUCUUAUUCGGGAAAAAGUGAUUGAAAAUUACUGAGACAAAGCAGAUCCUCCAAGACAGCAAAAUCCAGCAAAUUUUUUGCGUUUUUGCCAGAAAUGUUGGGAAAAUUAAAAUAAAGCCCUGUAUGAAGACAAAUAAGCUGGAAACUCAAAAUUGUUAAAACAUAUUGCAGUUUGUGCUGGAUCUAAAAUAAGGAACCUGCAACAUGGAUAUCAUUUAGCCAAGCCAGGUCAUAUAUUGUCUAAUCUAGUUGUUUUAUUAAGUCUGAUGUUUAAUCAGAAUUUUUUUGUUUUAUUAUAUCUAAUGUUUAUAUCAGAAACUUUAUUUUAUUAAGUCUAAUGUUUACAUCAGAAACUUUGUUUUAUUAAGUCUAGUGUUUACAUCAGAAAUUUUGUUUUAUUAAGUCUAAUGUUUAUAUAAGAAACUUUGUUUUAUUAAGUCUAAUGUUUAUAUCAGAAACUUUGUUUUAUUGAGUCUAAUGUUUAUAUAAGAAACUUUGUAUUAUUGAGUCUAAUGUUUAUAUCAGAAACUUUGUUUU